AUGUCGCACACGGUAACCAUUAUGAGGACAACAACAACAUCAUCCAGCAACGCUAUGUUCGUCAACAGUGGUUACCUUGGGACGCUACCUGGAUUGCUCAAGCUUGCUCAACUGUUGUUGGGAGCAGCUUGCGUCGGUGUGGUCGGGUACUACCUGGAGCCAGGUUUCUAUCGUUACAAUGGUCAAAAACCUGAACUCUUUUAUUUCUUAGUGUCGGUAGCCUGUCUCGUGGGCACCUUCUGUCUGCUCACCUCUUGCCUUGUGUCACUGACCACAGCCACCAUGAUAUCAAAAACUGUUUACGAGGUGAUCUAUCACGGCGUGGCGUUUAUUUUAUACUUAGCGGCGGGCCUCACUCUCAUUAUUGAGGUUAAUCAUCAAAAAAGUAGUUAUCGUAAUGAUUACGACCCGUACUUGGCUGCUGCGGUGAUGGGCCUCGUAAUGGCGGGAUUGUACUUGCUAAGUACCUUCCUGGCGAAUCGUACCUACCGUGUGAACAAAACAAUGACUCGUGGACCAACGAUUGUGCGUGUAGCACCCACCACCGGUGACAGUGGGAGAGGCAUCAAGUGCUGCUGCUGCCGCUGCUGCGAAUGCCUCAAUUUGGGAUAUCUGACAUCUCAACAUGGAAUCAUCAAAUUAUCUGAAGCUAUGCUAGGUGGACUAUGUCAAAGUCUGCUCGUGAAGUACGGAAUGACCGAAGCCAGCGCUAUGGGGUCGGCAUUCCACGGAUUUCUGACCACAGCUUCGGCGUGUCUACUUACCACGUCACUCCUCAUCACCUGCUACGUGCUCUCUUCUAAUUCUCAACAUUUGAUAAGACAAUCAAUAUUCGAAUGUGUCUUUAACUCGGUGGCGUGCUUCAUGUACUUAUCUGCCUCUUCCUACAUGGGUAUAGCUGUUAACAUAUAUUUGUAUCCAAGAUAUUCGCUAAUCAGCAUGUACGCAGCGUAUCCUGCGAUGACUGCGGUAUACUAUAUUGGCGUCAUAGUUGGUAUUCUUCACGGCGCGGACGCAUAUAUUUCGUAUAAGUACCAUAAGGGUAUACGAUAA